AGAGCAAGCAAAAACAAACAAGAGGAAGCAAUGGAGCUCUGCAUCACCGCCAUCAACGGUGGCUCCACAGCGGUCCUCAACUUAACCCCACCACGCUCUUCCCCCUCCCUUCUUCUCCCCAAAAACCCCAACUCUCUCCAACUCCACACUUCCCGUAAACCCCCCUCUCUUUCCCGCCAAUUCCACUCUCUCCAAUUCGCCGUCUCCGCUUCUUCCUCCACCGCCGUCACCUCCGAGACUGAUCAACUUCCCGCCGACCUCACCGUCACCGAGACCCAACAGCCUAAUUCCAGAGUGAAGCUGAGCAUACAAGUACCGCCGGAGGUCUGCGAUGACUGUUACAAGAAGGUUAUAGUGGAGUUCAUGAAGCAAGCCAAGGUGCCGGGGUUUCGGCCUGGAAAGAGGGUGCCGGAGAGUAUUCUUGUGAGUUAUGUUGGGAAGAAAAGUGUAGACAAGGCUACCAUUGAGUCUAUUCUGAAGAGGACCCUUCCACAUGCCAUGUCUUCUAUGACCGCCAUGGCUUUAACAGACUCCGUCAGUAUUCUAACCAAAUUUUCUGAGAUGGAGCAGGCUUAUUCUUCUCGCAAUUCUCUCAGAUAUGAUGUGAUUGUUGAUGUAGCACCAGAAGUAAAAUGGAUUCCUGAGAACGGAUACAAGAAUUUGAAGGUUGCUGUUGAGAUAGACAGUGACAUAGAAGCACAAAAGGUUUCUGAACGAGAAUUAAGACGCCGUCACAAGUCCCUAGGGGCCUUAAGAAUUGUAACUGACAGAGGACUACAGGUUGGCGAUCUUGUGGUCCUUGAUAUAUCUGCAACAACAAUAGAUCAAGACAAAUCAAAUGUUCAGAGUAUUCCAUCUGCAGAGAGUAAAGGUUAUCAUUUUGAUACAGAAGAUGGUGAUAAACUGAUUCCCGGUUUCCUUGAUUCGAUAAUUGGAAUUCAACGAGGUGAAACAAAGUCCUUUCCACUUGUAUUUCCUGAAUCAUGGGCACAGGAAAGUCUCCGAGGAAUUCAUGCUCAAUUCAAUGUUGAAUGCAAAGAAUUAUUUUACAGAGAUUUACCUGAAUUGGAUGACUCCCUUGCUCCUAAGCUUCUUCCUGGAUGCACCACCCUGGAACAGGUCAAGGAAGCACUGUUGCAAAGAUGCCAGGAAGCAGAGCAAACAGCUAGAGAGCAAGCAGCAGAUAAUGCCAUUCUAGAUCAGCUCUGCAAGAUGGUAGAGGUUGAUAUUCCUCAAUCCUUGUUUGAGGAACAAGGUAGGCAGCUUUAUGGAGCCAAACUUUUGGAGAUACAGGGAAACGUAAAAUUAAAUGAAGAGCAAUUGGCUACACUGUCUAGUAAGAAAGCUGUAGAGGAGUACCUUCUAUACCAGAAGGAGAAUAUCAUGAAUAUGAUAAAACAGAGUUUGGCCGUAGGAGACAUAUUUAAACGGGAAAAUCUGCAGUUUUCAACAGAUGAUCUUGUGAAAGAAGUCGAAAAUUCCAUUGCUGAAUUCAAACGUCAAAAACAGGAUUAUGAUGAGGAACGUGUUAAGGGACAGGUCCAAGAAAUUUUAGAGGGAGCAAAGGUGCUUGAAUGGUUAAGAGAGCAUGCAGAGAUUCAGUUCAUAACUAGAUGACAAAGCAGAGAAAGCAUGUAUGCGUCUGCGUGUUAGGUUCCAAAAUUUUGGGCACGAUGGUGCUGGAGGCUACUCAUAUGUUAAGACACGUUCCGGAAGAGCUGACAUAGUCUGAAGCAUGCCUUUUUUUUUUUUCUGGCUUCUUUGGUUUAGAGCCUUUAGAUAUGUUUUUGAUUGUUGAUAAACGAA